AUUUGUUCAGUAGAAAAUGUAAAAAUGGCGAGUACCCAAGAAAGUUCAUUACAUUUCUUCGUGUUCUACCUAUUCUUCAUCCCAACUAUCCUUUAUCUUUUUCACACUCUAAUUUUCCAUAAGUUAACAAUAGGAAACGAACAGAUCAGAAUAAAAAGGAAUCCAAAUCUUCCUUUAAGAUUUAACUAUGAUGGCACUUUCAAAAUCCUUCAGAUUGCAGAUAUGCAUUAUGCAAAUGGGAAAAUGACCAGAUGUAAAGAUGUAUUGGCAUCUGAGUUUGAGUAUUGUUCAGAUCUUAAUACCACGUUGUUUGUGAAGAGAAUGAUUGAAGCUGAGAAACCUGAUUUUAUUGCAUUUACAGGGGAUAAUAUAUUUGGGCAGAGCACUGCUGAUGCGGCUGAAUCUCUGGUCGGAGCUUUUGGACCUGCCAUGCAAUCUAAACUUCCUUGGGCUGCAGUUUUGGGGAAUCAUGACCAAGAAUCUACAAUGACACGUGAAGAGCUGAUGUCUUUCAUUUCCCUUAUGGACUAUUCUGUUUCUCAGGUCAAUCCUUUAGGAGGUGUAGUGUCGGAUAUUGAUGGAUUUGGGAAUUAUAAUCUUGAAGUAUAUGGGGCACCGGGUUCAAAUUUAUUCAACACCAGCAUACUUAAUCUCUUCUUUCUUGACAGUGGGGACAGGGCUAUAGUUGAUGGAAGACGAAGUUAUGGGUGGAUCAAAGAAUCUCAACUUCAAUGGCUUCGUAGCAUUUCAGAAAUUUUCAGAUUUCGUAAACAGGACCAAGAUCAUGACAAUCCACUGGGCAGCAUCUCAGCUCCACCAGCAUUGGCCUUUUUUCACAUCCCAAUUCCUGAAGUGCGAGACCUUUGGUUUAAGGAAUACGUCGGGCAAUAUCUAGAAGCAGUUGCUUGUUCUUCUUAUAAUUCUGGCGUCCUGAAGACAUUAGUAUCAAUGGAAGAUGUGAAGGCAGUUUUCCUUGGGCAUGAUCACCUUAACGACUUCUGUGGAGUAAUCGAUGGUAUUUGGUUUUGUUAUGGUGGAGGAUCUGGGUAUCAUGCUUAUGGUAGAAUUGGCUGGCAAAGAAGGGCAAGGGUCAUAUCAGUCGAGCUGGAUCAGGGAAAGAAUUCAUGGUUGGGUGUGAGAAGGAUUAAGACUUGGAAGCGUCUGGAUGAUUCAAUUCUUAGCAAGAUUGACGAGCAGAUACUGUGGGACCUGUAACUGUGAGGUGAAGUUGCCUUGUGUAAUAUCUGCGUAGUGGUUCCGAAGCUUGACAACAGAUACAGGUAAACCCCAUGAAUCCCUGACAUGCAUUUUGACCAUCUUGUUGUAGAGUAUUGGCGGCCAAAUUAACUACUCUUCACCUCACAAGGCAAAAAGGUUGAUGGAGAUAAGAAAUGGCGUUAUCAUGGGUGUAGGGACAUUGCUAUGUUGUUGUAUUAACUUGUUAUUUGUUUUAGUAAAACUUGGGAUGCAAUGCAUCUUCUUCGGUGUUGAAUCUAAUUCCACUCACUCAUUUAGUUCAGUACAACGGGCAAAGACCAAUGUGUCUGAUGCAUUUGACGACUCUUAUGCAACUACAUGUUUUCAAUAAUCUUGUUGAUUAUGUUUCUUUAG